GUUAUGUCCAACUCCACGUUCCUGUGCACUGUGAGCGAGCCGGUCCGCAAUACGAAAGGCAAAAGUAUGCUCUACCUGCCUCCAGAUGGCCUAUGUGACGUCAUGUUUUACGAAUCUCUCUACAAGGACGGUAGGAACACCAUUAGUGGUGGUCCCAGCAGCUGGGACCUGGCUCCGAGGACCUUCCUUGAUGAGGCGUCCAAGUUCAGCCAGACCGCGAUCGGUUUUUCCUUUGCGCCAGAGCCCAACUUCCUGCGAGAGUCCAAGUACCCUGCAUUCUUCGGACGUAUAGUCACCUUUUGGAAUGAUAAUAUCACCCACUUUGGGUUGCUGAACAUCUACAGAGAGUACACGGAUGUUGCCGUGAUGACUCAAGUCUUCAACGUACUAAAGGCGCUGUAUCUCUACCUGAAGCCGAGAUUUACAAGCACGAGGACGUUAUUCUAUGUUGUUGGCAUGUCUAUUGAUGAUCCAGCCGGCUACCCGAUCCUGAAAUUGAUGAAAACCGUGUUCACUCCAUCAAUGUUCGUCGCCAUUGCACACCUUAGCUACCCAGUGAGGAAGUUCAAAGAUUGUCGAAUAUUCCCGGUGGUCGUGGACAGUCUACCUUCGAACCUCACCCGUGGCAAAGAUUACACUUAUGGACACACAUUCGUACGUAUUCACUGGCAUCACUAA